AGAGAAAAAACGGAGAAAUUAGUCAUGACACUCUACGUCCGCACCCAACAAAUAAUCUCUCGUGACAGAACACUGUGUUUAUUCAAUGUGCAAAAUGCGACUUGUGUGACAAUAUUAACGAAUAGAAGCCACACACGACACAAUAAGAAUGACCACAAUUUAUUCAUCGUCUUGCAUGGCUCCGGAAUUUUCGGGCAGCCGAAAUAUUUGAACGACAGAGAGUAAACACGAUAACAUUCUCAAUGGAUAACUGAGACCAUUUGUGGCUGGUCAAUCUUUUUGAUAAUUUCAUGAAAAAUACUCAUUGAUAGAUGACUAACAACAAAAAUGCGUUUAUUCAAUCGUGCCGAAAAUGAGGUAAAGACGAAUCAACGAUAACCGAAAAUGUCACAUAUGAGCAAGAGACGAGAAAAAAAAUGUGUAGCCAAUGUUCGUAUGGCGAAUAACAUGGAUUCCACGAAAAAGGCGAUUUACUAUGUCGUACGUUUUAAUGUGUACAAAUACGGCAUCACACAGAUAUAUUUAUAACAUAUGAAUUAAUAAUGUCAAGUCGAAAUCCGUUUUAACAUUUUUUGUUUGUUUGUUUGUUUGUUUCAAAUCGGUCAAUUUUCAAACGUUUGCUGUUCGGAACUCUGAAUACAAUCUUAUCAAUUGUGGAUGCCCAUUUUUGCGCUGUUUUUCAUACGUAGUGCGUUAAAUAUGCGGAAAGCAUUUUGUAUCAUGUAGACGGGUCUAUUCGUACAAUUUAAAUGGAAAACGUGUGGUGUUAAAUCAAAACGCGACCUCCUACAAAAUACUUUAACGACAUUUCAAUUGAGUUGCGAAUCACAGUGGAAAGAUGCCAUUGCCAAAACGUAUCAUCGAGCCCGUUUUUGUGGCUCGGUCGGUGUAUCCCCGAGAGGAUAUCCCCGAACCGACCGAAUUGGAAACGGUGACAAAUACAACGCUUACCAACAUCAUACGACAGUUAUCGUCGCUAUCAAAACACUCAGAGGAUUUAUUUGGAGAAUUAGCUCGUGAAGCUGGCCAAUUGUCUGAACGGUCGAAUUCACUUCAAGCACGUAUCGAUCGAUUGGCCAUCAAAGUUACGCAAUUAGAUAGCAACGUUGAGGAAGUAUCACUGCAGGAUAUCCAAAUGAAGAAAGCAUUCAAAAGUGCUACGCAGUUUGAUCAACAAAUCUUCUCACGAGCCACCAUGCCAGUUGCGAUGCUUGCGACUUAUUUGACAUGCGAUAAGCCUCCGCCAUUAGACAAAUUGAAUUGCUAUCGUGAUGACGGCAAAGAUGGCCUUAAAUUCUAUACUGAUCCAAAUUACUUCUUCGAACUCUGGCGACAAGAAAUGCUGAAAGACACCGAACGGUUCUUGCAUGAUAAAGGAAAGAAGAUGCAUCGACCACGAACGGAAACAGCCGGAGGUAAGCGUAACAAUCGUAAAGUGCGUACGCCACAUAAUACUCGUGAGAAGCAGCGUCAAAUUGCCAUUGGUCAUGGUGAAACGUUGAUGCCAAAUGAUGUAAUUUAUCGUACACCAAAUUCGGCCAUGAGCAAUCAAGACUCGGCAUACAAUAGCAUAGGAUAUGACGGACGACCAAAUCGUCCGGAUUCCAUUGAAAUUCGUCGCAGCUAUCAAAGCGAGCAGAUUGAUGGUUACAUGCCGGGCUCGCCGAACGCGUAUCAACACCAUUCCGGCUAUGCAACGAGCCAGCAACUGUACGAUGAAUCGACAUAUCAUUCGCAGAAUAUGUACGGUCAUCACAAUUCUGGUGCCAUGUCACCAGAGAAUCCAUAUGCGCCAGGCACUCCUUCGAAAGGAAAGUCAAGACCAUCACAGCCACCACCCGCUCCUCCAAGCACCGGAAACACACCAAAUGCAUCGAAUGCCAAUACACCGACUCGCAAUCGAAAUUUGCAAUCGCGAGACGCAUUGCCACCACCUCCACCAGUGCCAAUGGAAUCCAUGCAUUCGUCACCGCCGAUGCAGCAAAUGACCAAUGGCAAUGCAUCGGUUGCUGCAAAAAUUUUGGGUCGAAGUCACAGCACAUCGCGAUCCGGUUCACCACAGCUGAACGCUGGCGGCGCUGUCAUGGAUCCAAACGCAUUAGUUAUGGCACAACUCAAUAGUCAAAUAAAUAAUUUGAAUCAUUUGAACAUACAAAUGACCCAACAAAUGAACGCAAUCAACGAUUUACCACCACCACCUCCGAUACCGGAACAGUUAUCACCCAAGAUGGCAUCGAACUCUGUUGCACCGCCGCCACCGCCACCACCACCGCCAAUGGAUCACAGUCCAAAUACAAACAUUUACAAACCGGUUGCAAACGGCGACUUGAACAACGGUUUGGCAGGCGGUGGCAAAUUGAUUACACCACAGAAGCUGACACAGCAGAAAAAGAUUCUUCCAACGAUUGACGAUACACGAAACGAUUUGCUGAAAGCCAUUCGUGACGGUAUUAAAUUGAGAAAAGUGGAAAAGAUCGAGCAAAAAGAGAAGGAACGUUCGACUGCAUUCCACGAUGUUGCAUCGAUAUUGGCACGGCGUGUUGCAAUCGAAUUAUCUGAAUCAGAGGAUUCGGACAGUGAUGAAGACAGCGAAUGUUGGGUUGAACCAACGGAAACAUCCGCCUGAUCUUCAAUUGAUCCGGUUAAACCAGAGACAACGCAAAGUCCAAACAUUAAAAAGAAAAAGUAAGCAAUGACCGCUGAUGUUUGGUUUUCGAUUGUAUGUCAGUCGACUUUCUCAAAAAGAAAUAAUUAUUAAAAAAAAAACAUUUCAAGUUGAUAUAUCAAGGAGAAAAACUAAUCGAUAAAACACAUCUCUCACAUACCGCAUACGAGAACCAAAUGAGAAAAGAAAAAGACAGAGAAGAAGGAGAAGGAGAAAAAAAAACAAUUUUGUAGUGCGUAUGAGAUUUUAAACAAUAGUCAAAAGAACACAAAACAAAUUUACCAUUUUUGCCAAUCAACCAUGGCACAUUUUUCUACACACACAUUUUUGUAGGCAUAGUAAGUGGUUAGUUAAAUGAGCACAGUAGCCACGCUUCAACAAUACUCUUCUAAUCAAAAAAAAAAUUGAAUCAAACAAACAACUAUUUAACAAUUAUAAAAACAUUUUACUUUCUUUUUUACUGCAAAAUAACAAAGAAACAAAAAAAAGAGAAUCAUAUUCACGUAUUCGUAGAAUGAACAACGGAACAUCCACAUCACCAGUGAGUGAAAGACUAGAAAACAAACAUAUAAUAAUAUUUUAGAGAAAAAAAAGAACCCGCAAAAAGAAAAGCACAAAAAUUCAUCCAUUUGUUAAAGCAAAAUAAAAAUUAAAUUUAUUUUUUUUUUUAUUUAUUAUGAUGUUGUGAAAAGAAAAUGAAAAAUUUGUUUGAAGAAAGAAAGACCGCCAACCGGUAUUGAUUUGCAAAUUGAGAUUGAGAUCCUGAUGAUUCGAACACUGUUAUGUGCUGAUUGAAAGCAUUCACAUUUAAUCCCGUCGUCCUUGUGUUAUGUGAUUUGUGGUAUAUAAUUUCGGAAUCAUACGCACACCAUUCAAUUAUCACGUCGUUCAAUUAAUUUCUCCUCGUAAAACGCUAAGCAUUUUUUCUAUAUUUUUCGAAUCAAUUCCAUUCCAAAGCAGCAUUUAAAUGAAACGCAAUCAAAAGAAAUUUGGACAAAAUGCAUUUGAAAGAAAUCCAAACCAGAGAAGCUUCCAUGAAAAUGUAAAAACAAAGUGUACCAGAAAGACGGGAGGAGAGAGCUUCAACGCCAUGCAAGCGAUGAAGACAAUAUUCUAUAUUGAAAGAAAAAACGCUCAAAAUAACGAAAAAAAAUAUUUAAAUUAAGAUAUAUGUACCGAAUAUUGAAUUGAGAACAAUUCUCAGUUCAUUAAGAAAAGUAACAAAUCAAAUUGGCAUCAAUAUUAAUUGUUUUCUAUUUUUAGUUUAUUUUUUUCUUCUCUCACACACACAUAAAUCGAAUGAAGUUCAUUCAAUCGAACACUUUUUUCGCCUUUUGCAAGUAUCACAUUAGAGAAUUAAAGUUAAUAGCUGAUGAAACAUGAUUUAUGAGAGAGAAUGAGGAUAAUUGAAAUAAAGAGCUAUAUAUAUAUAUAUCUAUUUGUAUAAUCGUCCCCGAUUCAAAUCAUUAAUAUUAACCUGACUGGCUUUUGAAUAUUGUUUUUUCUUCGUUUCUAGUUUUGUUUCAUGUCGCCCCCCGUGUACAGAGAAAAGAAAAAUUAUAAUUUUAUUCUAUAAAUUAUAUUGUAACAAACCAUAUGAUUGCUAUUCGGAAGGAAAAAAAACAAUAACAUUCGAUUAAUACAUUAUUCAGAGAUAAUUAAUGAUUUAAUCGUAGCGGUUCGAGUUUAAUGCUUGACUUGGUGCUCACAUUUAACUGUGAUGUUUCGCUUCCCCGCAAAUAAGAACAUUUUGGAUGCCACGAAACGUGUUUGAAUGAUGACUGUCGAGCGUUGAAUUCGAUUCGCUGGGAUACGUUCAUUGAGGAAUACCCAAAAUAGAACAUACAAUUAGUACAUAAGAAAUGAAUGAACAUGGAAAAAUGCUGCUAAUGAUUUUGUCCGCCUGCCGAGCAUUUGAAAGGGCGUGAAACCAUUCAAGCGCAAGCGAUAUACAAAUUAUUGUUUUAUCGCAGAGGUUGAGAACAAUUGAGUCAUAUUUUUUUUCUUUCGCAAAGAGAACAAAACACAAGAUUAUUCUGCAGAUUUGUGUAUCCACAUUUCCCCGCAAACGGGAAAUGACAUCGUAUGUGGCUAUAUGCAGUGCUGUAUCUUUUGGAGUUUGAACUAAUUUAAUAAAGUGUAUAUGUAUAAAAAUAGGUUUUUCUUAUCGGAGGAUGUUUACAGAGCAAACAAAAGUAAUAAAGAAUUAUGUAUUAAAAAAUCAAA